AUGACGGAGGAGGAGUUUGAUAUUCAGCACCACAAGCAGAUCACUGCCCGGCGGAACUUUGACAAGGUCAACUUUGGGCAUUGGCAGAUCAAGACGUGGUAUUUCUCCCCGUAUCCGCUCAUCGAGACCGAGGACGACGCACCGACACCGAGCGCGAGUGCCAGCGGGCCACGGAGCACGCUGUGGGUGUGCGACCGGUGUUUCAAGUAUAUGGCGGAUGGGACGGCUUGGGAGGCUCACAUCAAACGGUGCCCGCGGAAGCAUCCGCCAGGAAGGAAGGUGUACCAGCGCGGUGCACACACGAUCUGGGAGGUCGACGGCGCGAAGGAGAAGCUCUAUUGCCAGAACCUAUCCUUGUUCGGGAAGCUAUUCAUUGAUAUUAAGACCCUCUUUUUCGACUGCGAUAACUUUCUGUUCUACCUCCUGACGGACGCGGAUUCGCAGCGAGACCAUGUACUGGGAUUCUUUUCGAAGGAAAAGGUCUCAUACGACGACUACAACCUCGCGUGCAUAAUCGUCCUCCCGCCAUACCAGCGCAAGGGCUAUGGGAUGCUCAUGAUCGAAUUUAGCUACGAGCUGUCUCGACGCGCAGGCCGUGUGGGCACUCCAGAACGGCCUCUGUCCGACCUAGGGCUGCGCAGCUACCUUACCUAUUGGGUAUCAACUCUGCUCAGGUUCCUCCAGUGCGCCCUGCUUCCCCCUUGA